AUGCCGGCCGGUCUCGGCUCAACACUGAUGCUAGUCGGCCUCAGCUCUUCAUUGAUGCCGGCUAGUUUCGGCUCGACUCUGCUGCUGCUGCCGGUAUCUCCUCGGCAUGUCGGCAUGCUGCGGUGUCGGGUCUGUAGAAUGGGCUGCUUCUGGAACAUUUUCUACGGCUGUACUGGCAUGCUUUGGCUGAUGGUGGCCUCGGCGCUGCCGGGCCGAAAAGCGGAUGAUGCGGACGAUGCUGUUUUGCGAAAAGUUGCGAGAAUCGAGAAACCUCUGUCGGACGCUGGCGGAGAACUCGCUGAGCGUAGCACGAUUGAAUUUGAAGCAGUCGGACCGUCUAGUACUCGGCGUGAAAGAGAAACUACGGACUUCGAGGAGUCAAAAUUCAUGGCUUCCAUCAACCAACUCUCAGUGUCUUCCAUAUGUGUACCCGAGUGCAGACCAGCAAGCGAAAACGAAGAAAUCGGCAGACACACAUUUGAGCAAUGGCGUGACCUUCUAGUUGAUUCACUACAACUUGCGGGUAUAACUGAUGAGGCUACAAAGUACACCAUAUUUAAGGUGAAGGCCGGGCCACGCCUUUUGGAUAUUUAUCGAAAUUCCAAGGCUGACGAGACAGCUCCAGACGCAGAAAUAUACCCGUUUGCUCAUGCUUUGUGUCGUUUGAAAACAUAUUUUGGAUCAGGUUCGGAUACACUGCUUCAACGACGUAGGCUCGCUUUGAUGGAGCAAAAGGCCGAUGAAUCAGACCUAGCGUUUAUAACACGCGUUGGAACUGCUGCUAGACUGUGUAAUUAUGGCAAAGAGAAAGAGUUCGAAGAAAUCGUCGGGACCAUCGCAGCACACGCUCAAAGAAGAGAGGUGCGUACGAUGGCACUGAAGCUCUUGGGUAGAAAUGGAACCUUCUCCGACCUAGUCGACAAAGUCCGAGAAAUAGAGGCCAUUCGUCUCAACGAGCAGUUCUUCGCUCAAAAGCACGGAUCAAAUAACGCGACUGUCGUUGCACCGGUCAGAGCCGACUUCCCUAUGCGCGGCGGUGGUCAGCAAAGAUAUCCAGGAAGAGCGACAUACCAACGAGGUAACCGCAGCAUCUCAGUAGGCGCCCGACGUGGGGGCUAUCAAGGGAUGUCACGAAACACAGGCGCCCGUACUGGUCUUUAUACACAACGCAACAACGAACCUCAAGCAACUAGAUGUUGGAGGUGCACCAGCGUUUACCACGUACCGGCAAGAUGUCAUGCUGUCGACAAAGACUGCAGAAAAUGCGGGCAAUUAGGACAUAUUCAAAUAGCGUGUCCCCUGCCUCCAGCGGCAGCCUUUAAGAAGCAAGAUUUUCGGGUCCAAGAAUCUGUUGCUGAGUCCAGUCAAGGCACGAUUGCAGCGGUCGAGAAGUCUGAAGACACGGCAGCGACACAAGAAGUAAGUGAGAAAGCUGAAUAUUAUUCAGCUAAUGUACAUGAUUGAAUCUGUUUUUCCUUUUUCGAGUUGAAAGGCUGCUCUACCUGCCGAUUUCUUGUGCUCAUUAUCUUCUUCAUCUUUGCUUAAUUUUGACUUUGAAAUUGUUAUCAUUCUUUGAGCUAUUUAGUUACAUAACAAGUGAAGAGAAUAAUUUGAAAUGAAAUACUUUUCUUGAUUUUGCGUUUUAAUACUAUGAAUUUUACGGAUACUGUACCUCAAAUAUCUUGA